AUCGUUCCCAUUUUAUCAAUUGGGUUUUUUGUUAUGAUUCAUUCAUUGUGUUUCCAAUCCAAUUAGUCACGGAAAUUGUAUUUACGCAGACGUCGCUUAAUCGACUCGCGGGUGUUACUUUGUUGUUGCUAUAACGUGUUACAUUCGAUAAAUAAGAUGUCUCUGUACCCAUCCUUAGAAGACAUGAAGGUGGAUGCUAUGGCGAGGGCCCAGGUUUCUCAACACCAGGCGCAGCCACCCGCAUACCCUCAUAGCCUUCCACCUAGCGCUCCCUCGUACGGCUAUCCUCAUGGCGGUGCUGCGCCCAGCGCCCCUUCAACCCAUAUGUACCCUGCACUAAGUGAUUAUAUGGGACUUGAAUUGUCUAGUGAUGUGAUUGCCAUGAAUAUGCCGGAAUAUCAACUGCAACCAGUUCAGCAAGGCGCGGUUACCCCUGUGAGUAAUAUGAUAGCACCGUUGUCGUCUCAAUCAACGACUCUGGCAAAGGCUACAGUUACCGGGGCUAUAAGACCAGUUGUUCUGUGUAAAGACAAAGAUGGCAAGUGUGGUGUGAGGCUGCACUCAGUCAACAAUGGAGUAUUUGUGUGCUAUGUGGCCGCCAACAGUCCCGCAGCUCUUGCUGGUCUCCGAUUUGGAGAUCAGAUCUUGGAGAUCAACAAUGUAGCAUUGGCUGGAAUGACAAUGGACCAAUGUCAUGCAUUACUGAAGAAGUCUCCUGCCAAUGGAAUUUCAAUGGCUGUUCGUGAUAGACCCUUUGAGAGGACAAUUACUCUCCACAAGGAUUCUCUGGGCCACGUUGGUUUCCAGUUCAAAGAUGGCAAGAUUGUUGGCCUGGUGAAGGAUUCUUCCGCAGCUCGCAAUGGCUUGUUGACUGAUCAUCAGAUACUAGAAAUAAACACUGUGAAUGUUGUGGGCAUGAAAGAUAAAGAAAUAUCUAGGGUUAUUGAAGCCAGCCCAUCUGUUGUAAACAUCACAAUAAUUCCCUACUACAUAUAUCAGCACAUGAUAAGCAAAAUGUCCUCAUCAUUGUUCAAGGAAUUGGAUCGUACACCUGCUGUUUAAGAAUAUAGAUAUGUUGUUAUACGCAAAGUCCCCAGCUGCAGUGCAUUUAGUAAAAAAAAUAUACAAACCUUUAUAUACUGUUAAAAAGUCUGAUUAUUGCACAUUAAAUGGACUUAGCGCUAAAUGUUACCUUUGGAUCUAAAAAUUUUCAAAGCUUUAUAUGUCACAAAACUUAGUUCUACUAUUCCCUAAGUACAUAAAUUGGCACAGUAUGAAUCUAUCUAAUUGCAAUUAAACACUUUUCUAUUAUUAUUUUUCUUAACUAUAAGUGUUCCAUAUACAAUGAUUAGAUUUAUUUUAUGUUAAGUGUACUAUCGUUAUAUUUGUAGUGCUUUUAAUAGUCAGUAAGGGCUGUGAAGAGAUGCCAAUGCGGUUUGAUAGAAGUUCAACUAACAGAAGAGUGUGCCGUGCGUUUGCUGCUAACACGGUGCUUAUCUAAGGACAUGUAUAAGGUUUAGAGUGGAUGGCAAGCUAAAAGUAAAUGUUUGUAAUACUUUUACUAUAUUUACAUAAAUAACAAAAUUAUUUAGGUCAAUUGAUACCAUAUGUUUUAGAUUCCCUCCUUAAAUGUGAUCAUAUAUAUUAUUCUAUAACUUCAAUAGGUUUAGCUGGCUACAUUCCUGUUUUGCCCUACCUACUACACUCAUUUCCGUUAUCCUAGUAAUGUAUUUGUAUUUAUUUUGUUGUCAUAUGAUUAUAACAAGUGAAGAUUUAAUGAGAUUGAUGAUAUUUUUGUCUUAUUGUUUAAGUUAUUAAGCGGCCAUAGAAUUUAUAUUUUAUUCCUAGGUUAUUUUUGUUUCUGUACAUUUAAAAGAAGGCUCCAUAAUAAUGAUCAACUACACAACAUGGAAACGUAAACAAUAAUAAUUAUUUACCCACGUACUAGUUAUAUGAUGUCGAAUUUGAUUGUAUUUUAAUAUUUUUUAUAUUCAAUAAAUGAUUUCAAAAUAAUU